UUUCAAUAGUGUUGCUAUUAUCAACUAAAAUGGCAUUAUCAAGCCAAUUUCUCCAGCAUAAUAUAUGGUCCAACUCAGAGUUUAGACGUACCUUGAGUGUCCCUCCAUUAUUGAAAGCUAACCAUGAACCAGUUAAGAAGCUAUCACAACGAAAACUUAAAAUACGAGGCAUCAAGAACAAAUCCAACAAUUUGGUCACAUUUUCGAUGUUAAAUCCUGAGAAUGGCACGAGUAUGAGUGAAGUUUCUCCAUCCGACACAAUCAAGAAGUUCUACUCAAGUAUUAACAAGAAGGACAUGAACCAACUAGCACUGCUCCUAGCUGAAAAUUGUUUCUAUGAUGAUUUCUCCUACAGUCAACCAUUCCAAGGGAGAGAGGAGGCCCUUAAAUUUCUGGAGCAACUUGCCACAUGCAUGGGGAAGAACACAGAGUACUGCAUUGAACACAUUUAUGAGGGAGUUGAUCUCACAACUGUGGUAAACUGGCAUUUAGAGUGGAACAAGAAACAGGUUCCUUUCACUAGAGGCUGCAGUUGCUACGAGUUAUCAAGAGACGGAGAAGAACUAGUCAUAAGGAAAGCUCAAGUAAUUGUUGAAUCACCAGUCAAACCAGGAAGCAUAGCUUUGGAAGCGUUCCAGAAGGUCAUUUCAGUAUGUGAUGCUUUCCCUCAGUCUGCUGAAAGGUUGUUCCAGAUGAGUCCUCAACUGAUAACUUCCUAUUCCCGCUACACAUCAUGGCUCAAUUACAUGUCAACCUUAAGUCCUUGGAGUCAUUCAAAAGAUCAGGAUCAAACUCCAAAGAAUGACUAGCUUUGUAAUUAAGUCCUAAGGCAUGUUUGGCCAUAUUUGUAAUAAGACUAGUGCUACUAAAAAUAGUAAAACUUGAGCAUAUCUGAUGAAAUCUACCCGAAAACAACUGUAUGAUUGAGCGUUGGGUUCGAGAAAAAUUGGAACCACUACAGAUAUCUCUAUUGUUGACUGUUGAAUAAACUGUGUUGAAUUUCGAUCUAAAAAUUCAAGUGGUAAGCAAUUCUUUAUGGAAAGACUUAUCUUUUAUGGUUGUGAGUCUC